CAAUUUGUAGUACAUCACAAUAAAAAUAAACAAUGUUCUAUUUGUUUAAAUUUGAAGGUUCUUGACAAAAUUCUAACCUCAACACUCUAUAGUUGGCAUAUAGGUAGCAUAGAGUGUAAUGUUUAAGUGAUUUAUAGAUCAAGGUAAGAUUAAGAGAAAAUUUAUAUUAAGAAUAAGAUAUAACUUGCGCAUACAAGUACUAUGAAAAUGUUUGAUUUACCUGAAGACACUGGAAUUAACGGGUCUUGUUCUAAAUGUUUUUCCAUGUUCUAGCAGCGAUAUUCCAUUUCAUCCCACUUAAUUUAAAUUUGACAAACCGUAUGUUUUAAAUAAGUUUAUAAAUUAUGAUGAUAAAAAUUCCCACUAGAAAUAUUUUUUAUAAUUUUCAAAAUGGACUCAAACCUACGUCUUCCGAGGUACUUACUAAGUACAUUAAACAAUCUGAUGAACCACCUUGGACUUCGUAUUUUAUAAAAUAUUCGAGUGUAAUUGAUGAUCAGUGGGGAAAAUCACACUUUAAUUGGAGAGUGGGAAAAUCGAAUUACCACAUAUUACGAACUGGAUGUUUCCCAUACAUAAAAUAUCAUUGUACAAAAAGAGCUUAUCAGAAUUUGAAUGUAGAAGAUAUAUUUUUCAGAAUAAUAAAAGUCAUUAAUUUGGGACUGCCUUGUCUUGCAUAUGGAGUUGCAGCAACUAUACUAAUAAAACAUUCAGAAAUCGUUAAAACCAGUAGAGGAGACGUAGAAAUUUAUUUCCUAUACGCUGAAGAUAAAGGAUCACUUUAUUAAAAUGUUAAAAUACCAAUAGUUUUAUAAUCAUAAUGUAUUAAUAUACUUUUAGAAAAUAAAUAUAUUGCCAAAAAAUGCCUAUAAAUAAUUGCUAACAAAUGACUUUGACAUUAUGAAGGUU